AGCUUUACAUGACAUACUAUCAAAAUAUGAAAAAUCUUAAAAGCCAAAAGCAUUUUGUCCUCGUACAUGGGGCAGGCCAUGGAGCUUGGUGUUGGUACAAAGUCAAGCCACUGCUCGAGUCCUCCGGCCACCGCGUCACAGCUCUCGACAUGGCGGCUUCCGGCGUAGACAUGAGGGCAAUACAAGAUGUUCAUACACUUGAGGAAUACACUAAGCCUUUGCUGGAUUUAUUGGAAAAAUUUCCAAUAAAUGAUAAGGUUAUAAUUGUUGGACAUAGUCUUGGUGGCCUCAAUUUAGCUCUUGCUAUGGAGAAAUUUCCAGAAAAAAUUUAUGUUGCUGUUUUCUUAACAGCUUUCAUGCCGGACAUUGAUCAUCGCCCGUCUUUUGUCUUGGAUCAGUUUAAUGAAGGGAAAUCAACCGAGCAUUGGCUUGAUACUCAAUUUGCACCCUACAGCAGUUCUCUGCAGCAUCUCACGACAAUGUCGUUUGGUCCCAAAUUUAUGUCCUCCAAGCUCUAUCAACUAAGCCCUAUUGAGGAUUUUGAAUUGGCAAAGGCUUUGGCAAGGCCGUCGUCGUUGUUCAUAGAUGAUUUGUCAAAGACGAAAAAUUAUACAAUUGGAGGAUACGGAUCCGUGACGAGAGUUUUUAUUUUAUGCGACGAGGAUAAAGGAAUAACUGAAGAAUUUCAGCGGUGGAUGAUCGAAAAUCAUCCGGUUAAAGAAGUUAUCAAGAUUGACGGUGCAGAUCAUAUGGCUAUGUUUUCAAAACCAAAAGAAUUGUGUCAUUGUCUCUUAGAGAUUGCUCAUAAGUAUGCUUAAAUAUCUUGGUGAUAUGUCAACUUUUUAAUUCUUGAAUUUAGGCCACUAAACAUUAUGUGAUAUCAUAAUAAUGUGGAUAUAAUUGUAAGGGAAGUUGUUUUCAAAUUUAAUAAAAGAUAAAUAAAAUUGUAAUCAUAAGAGGUAAUGUUUGUCCA